GUACAGAGAAAUGUACACAGUAUAGGGAAACACUGCAGAACUGUACCACAACUUGUGUUUUUCUACUUGUAAGCAUUUGUUGCACCACAAGCUGAAAGAUUUACAGCAGCUGGUGGUGCCAAGAGCACAGCUAGGAGCCAACAGACAAAAUGUUCAUCAAAAAUGCCAACCGACGAAACCCCAGCCGCCACUAUGAAUUCUUUCAGCGUAGUCGAACCUACAGGGGGGAACCGCCGGCAGUGGCAGGAUUUCUUCUCUACCCGGACACUCCCGCUAAGAUGGAGACCACAUCACGAGAAGCUUUCUGCUUCAGACCCGUCUCACAACAAUACAGAGGCAAAGGUGAUCAUAUAGCCCCGCACACACAACAGGGGUCUCACCGUUCUCAUCCCACAUCCUCGAGACAAACAGGAAAAGGAAACAGCAGCAGGGACGGGGAGCCAGGGGAGGACAAGCAAGAGGGCGACCAUGAUCAGACAGCAGUGACAAAUGAACCAGACGUGACAGAGAUGCAGUCUCAGUAUCAGAAAGAUUUCCCGCCUCCAUCCUCCUGCCACAGGAGGCGAACACCUGCACUCCCACAGCCAGACAACAUCGGCAUCAACCCUGCCUUCAGGAUCGAAUUUAGCACCAUGCAGAGAGAGCAUUACCCCGUUUGGCCCAUGAUGGAUCCCAGGGGUGCUGGGAGGCUGAGAGAGAAAAAAUGAUGUCAAAAACAGUCAUGUUUAAAGUUAUUACAUUCAAUCAGCUGGCUAUUGAACCCUAUCAAUCUCACACAUUUGUUUUUAUAAUCAGAUUUUUUAGUUGCUUUUGUUUACUCUGUUACAUCAGGGUUACUCAGGAGUCACUUCCUUUCAGACAAACUCCUUUCUCACAUUUAACUUCGCCUCAUAUAACAUCUGAUGAAUUUCCCAGCAGCAGGUCAGUCUGAUGAGCUAAUGGACUGAUGAUGUGUCCAGGACACGGAGUCACAGGAUAAGACUUGAUAAUCUAAUGCUAACACCAGACCUUUUUUUAAAAAAAAAAAAUAGAUGACUUUAACAUUUCCUAUUGAUGACUUCAGGCAGACAUGCAGUCAGCUCGGGUGAAAACAACCCACCCAGUGACUCAUGGCUGAAACAUGAUGUGGGAAUCAAA